UCAAACCGCGAGGCGAGAGUAUGAAUUCAUAAAGACACAGCAGCAUGGCGUCGUUUUCUCAGAUAGAAUCCGAGUCUAGUCGUAACGUUCAGAAUGCAUGUUUUAAAGCGAUCAUAUUAGACAAAUAUCACGUCUAUAGGACUGACUUUAGUAACUUAAUUAAAAGCUGUUGUCACGUCGGCUGCGAAAAUUGGUCCAUUCAUAACUAUCUUUAAAAAGGAAGUCUGGUCCAAUCAAGGUUCAAUGGCCUGUUGAAACCGGAAGCUGUUGACGGGGGCGUUGUUUGUUUGUUAGUUUUAAAUGACAGAUGAUGAAUGACAUUUUUGAACAUUAAACUGCGAUAUAUAUAUAGAGAGAGAGAGAGAGAGAGAGAGAGCACUAAGAGUCUAAGACUUACUAAUACUAAUGUUUAGUUUUCGUAAUGGAAGCGAUUAGCACCUUUGUUUACUGAGAUGUUCAGGUACAAUGCUAGGGUUUCCAGCGACAGGUUUCAGUUUGCUUUUCCUGCUGCAUCUUGUUUGGGGCAGAGUGAUCUACAAUGCAAAUGAUGUGUUUCUAGAAGAGAAGUCGGCAGAUUCGUUUCUCUCCCGUAACCUGUUGUAUAACAGUUGGGAUUUUGAGCUAGUAGUGCCUGCCAAUCUAGAGAGAGAAUGUAUUGAGGAGAUAUGCUCAUAUGAAGAGGCCAGAGAGGUGUUUGAAGAUGACAAAAAGACGGCUACUUUUUGGAAAACAUAUCUCAGCAGUCACGAAUCUUCGCCCAGAGUGGAUGUGUCUGGUUUGGUAGCUGGCAUUGUGGCUAUUGUAAUAGUAGGGAUUAUAGCCACUGUGUUGGGCAUUUAUUGCUACAAGAACAGAGGCAAAAAUCCUAGAGGGGGCAGCGUUCCUGUGCAGAUAGGUGUGGAUGGGCAGCCACUACCUGAAUCUGUGCCCUUGUCGAUCAUGGCUCCAGGUCUCCCCUCGUACAAUGAGGCUCUGGCCCACGGUGGGCAGCAUGAUGCACCUCCACCGCCGUACUCUGGGGGAAGUGCAUCGGCCCCACCUCAAACUCCAGAUGAGGAAUGACAGUCAUGAUGUUGUUGGUUUUUUAAAUGGGGGGGGGGGGGGGCGAUACAUGGAUUUACUGGUGAAAAAGUGUAGCUUGAGUCACUAAGUGGGGUAUUUAUUACACUUAGGCUACAUGUUCCGCAGUUAACCCUAUUUUAUUCUUUAGAAUUAUUUUGCUACUAUCAUCAGGAACAAAGUUUCAGGGUGAAAUGUGAAUACUGUCAAGAUUUUCUCAGGUCAGGCUUGUUAUUGUUUUUUUUAAAGAGUUUUAUGAAAUGUAGUGCAAUUUUCAUUAUUGAUUAAAAAUAAAACGUAUACAAAACUUGAA